UCUUGUUGGCAUAAUAUUAAAUGUUUCUAGUCUGUUGCCAGAAGCGAAUACAAAAAAAAAUCUUAAGUUUACUCUGUGAAUAACUUAUCAUCUGCUAUGCAAAAAGUAACAUUUUACGAAAAUGAAAGGCCGUUUUUGGGUUAUACGUGCCAGGAACCAUCUAGUUUAGACUUACAGCAACUACAUCCAACUUCUAUGGACAACCAGUUUAUCCCAUGUUACCUGCAGGAUGACAAUUACAUAUUCGACAAAGACAUCGAAGCCAAGAAAUGCGUGGGAUCAAGUGGAGACUACAUCCAUGAAUUUCGAGAACUACUCUGCCAGCGUCCAGUCACGUCUUUUCCCGGCGUCCGCCGCUCCUCGAUCCGGAUAAAUCCGUUCCGGAGCACUUUGGACCAGUCGUGUAGAACCACUGGCUCAACCAACGCCGACGGCACAGGCAGGUGCUCUUCAGGCGGCCAGUUAUCCAAGCAAAUCUUUCCAUGGAUGAAGGAGACGCGACAGAUCCAGAAAAGGAGAGCCCACAGCUUCACUGAAUCAGGUGAGUCGGCCAGCAGCAGCGGGGGCGAGACCAGCCCCCCGGGCAGCGGCGCCGGAGGCGGAGGGCGUGGCCCGGCGCCGAAGCGCGCCCGCACCACCUUCACCAGCUCCCAGCUGGUGGAGCUGGAGAAGGAGUUCCACUUCAGCCGCUACCUGUGUCGCCCGCGGCGGCAGGAAAUGGCCGCCUCCCUGAAGCUGUCGGGGCGCCAGAUCAAGAUCUGGUUCCAGAACCGGCGGAUGAAGUACAAGAAGGAUCAGAGGGCCAGGGCGGCGGCCGAUUCGCCGCAGGGGCCGUCCCGCAGCUCCAGCCCAGGCCCCGGCCCCGGCCCCGGCCCCUCUGCCGCCUACGCCGCGCCCCUCUUCCCCCCCGCCUUCGAGUCUUCCAGAGGCGCCUACGGACUGGCGGCGUACGCCUUCGGGGACCGGCAGGGGGCGGGCCUCCUGUCGCCCGUGGCGCAGGCGUACGAUUGGCCCGACCCCGGAGCAGGUGGUCACGGCCACGUGAGCGCGGAGCCCGCGGCUGGACUGGGCGUCCCUGACCCCCCUUUCGCCGUUCUGGACUACGGCUGUGCUGUCCCCGGCCAUGUCAAACGGGCCCUGGGGCCCCGCGACACGCAGGUGUCCUCCUUCUGUGACUUCAGUGCGCACUGAAGUAGUCAGGCAUCUCCUCGGGACCUGUGGGGGUGAAGAACACACACACGCACACACACAUACACGCACGCACACACACACAUACACACACGCACACACACACACACAUGCACACACACACGCACACAAACAUGUAAGGACACACCUGUACAGCCCAAAUUCUUUCCAAACACACAUCCUCUCUUCACAAAAGACCAUCACACCUUUGAAACACUACAUGCAGUAUGUACUAACUGAUGCUCUCCACCGAGGCAGCCUACCGUCUGAAAAGGCUCAUGGAGUUUGUAGGCCUUAUCAGGUGAAAUAGCAGAUAUUGAACAUUAACAAAAUACUUUCCGUGUGCAUUCUGACGGACAAGCUGCCCAGUUAAAAUCUUAUCGGCUCAUAUUAUUCAAAGUAUCAGAGGGCUUUUUUUUUGGUUUUUUGGUAACAGUAGUUGCCCCCUUCAACAGGUUGAUUUAUCAAACCCGGGUCUUUUUUAUUUACCUGAGCCUCCAGUAGAUUCGUAUUUGUACAGAUAGAGAGGAGAAAUAGAGGCACGUAUCACACAAGCAUAAGACUACAAGACAACAUUUGCUCAUGCAAGCCCUGGCUCUGUUUUCAAAAAGGCAAACUGAAGGCAACUUGACACAUAAUGCAUGUUAGCUACAAUAUACUGAGAAGCAUUUGGAGGUAUGAGUUUGCAGCAGACUGGGGUAACAGGUGCUCCACCAGAAUAUUUAGUAGAACUAUUCAUGGAAACACUUCCCAUCUUUCAUGUCAUGUAAAUAUUAUAAUUUCAUAUUUCCAGAACUAAAAGAUAAUUGCCUCAUUAUUUAUGCACUGAGGUGUGAAAAGCAUGUGGAGUAUUUACUGGGGUGUGUAAUAGCCAUACAUACUGCACUGUAUUUUAAAAAUAAGCAAACAGGGUUUCUUACAGUAGGUUGUGUAAAUGCAUUAAGCAUUCAGAGUGUAAUACAAAUAGGCUUCAUUCAGACAGAUAUUGGUACUAAUUGGGGAGAUUCUUAUUUCAAAUGCUUGGUUUCUUAAUGAUUGUCAAUGUUUUGUGAUGCAUUAAAUAAGAAAUGUUCAUAUUGAAUAAAAACCAUAUUUUGUCCUUUUGAGACAAUAGACUAAUAUUUAGAAUUAUACAUUUUAAUGUAUUAUUAAAUGAUAAAAACGUAGAUACAGAUUGCUUGGCCAUGUUUGGUUUUUCAUCUCCAGUUAACAUAAUGAACUCUAAUUGCAAAUGAAAACAGCUUCUUGUGUGUUUAAUUAUUAUUAAAACCAAUUAUGUGUGUUUGGAAAAAAAAA